AUGUCAGCCGUGGUCCUGCAGAACGGAGGCUCGGUCAGGAAACUCAGCGACUUUGGACAGGAAACAAGCUACAUUGAAGACAACUCCAAUCAAAACAGUGCCAUAUCACUGAUCUUCUCACUCAAAGAAGAAGUUGGUGCGCUGGCCAAAGUCUUACGUUUAUUUGAGGAGAAUGAUAUAAACCUGACCCACAUUGAAUCAAGACCUUCACGUUUAAAGAAAGAUGAGUAUGAAUUUUUCACCUAUCUGGAUAAACGCAGCAUGCCCGCUCUGGCAAACAUCAUCAGAAUCUUGAGGCAUGAAAUUGGGGCCACUGUGCACGAGCUUUCCCGGGAUAAGAAGAAAGACACAGUGCCCUGGUUCCCAAGAACCAUUCAAGAGCUCGACAGAUUUGCCAAUCAGAUUCUCAGCUAUGGAGCGGAACUGGAUGCAGACCACCCCGGCUUUAAAGAUCCUGUGUACCGAGCAAGACGGAAGGAAUUUGCUGACAUUGCCUACAACUAUCGACAUGGGCAGCCCAUCCCUCGAGUGGAAUACACGGAGGAAGAAAAGAAAACAUGGGGGAUAGUGUUCAGGACCCUGAAGUCCUUGUACAAAACCCAUGCUUGCUACGAGCACAACCACAUUUUCCCACUUCUGGAAAAGUACUGUGGCUUCCGCGAAGAUAACAUCCCCCAGCUCGAAGAGGUUUCUCAGUUUCUGCAGACUUGUACUGGCUUCCGCCUCCGACCUGUGGCUGGCCUGCUUUCCUCUCGGGAUUUCUUGGGUGGCCUGGCCUUUCGAGUCUUCCACUGCACUCAGUACAUCAGACAUGGGUCCAAGCCCAUGUAUACGCCUGAACCUGACAUCUGCCAUGAGCUGUUGGGACAUGUACCCUUGUUUUCAGAUCGCAGCUUUGCCCAGUUUUCGCAGGAAAUCGGCCUCGCCUCUCUGGGUGCCCCCGAUGAGUACAUUGAGAAACUCGCAACAAUUUACUGGUUUACUGUGGAGUUUGGGCUCUGCAAGGAAGGAGACUCCAUAAAGGCAUAUGGUGCUGGGCUCCUGUCGUCCUUUGGUGAAUUACAGUAUUGCUUGUCAGGCAAGCCGAAGCUCCUUCCUCUGGAACUGGAGAAGACCGCUCUCCAGCAGUACACAAUCACAGAGUUCCAGCCCCUGUAUUACGUGGCUGAGAGUUUUAAUGAUGCCAAGGAGAAAGUGAGGAACUUUGCUGCUAUAAUCCCACGGCCCUUCUCAGUUCGUUAUGACCCAUACGCCCAGAGGAUUGAGGUCUUGGACAAUACCCAGCAGCUUACGAUUUUGGCUGACUCCAUCAAUAGUGAAGUUGGAAUCCUUUGCAGUGCCCUCCAGAAAUUAAAGUGA